AUGGGCCGACUCAGCCCGUAUCCCAAACCACCUCUGGACACAGGGACUCUUCAGCAUCAGGAUGAUAUCCAUAAGUUCACUACACAUCCAGUCCCACAAAAAGACCAGAGCAGCAAGAAAAUCGAUGAAGACUUCAGUGGGUUCACGCAUCAAAUUGAUUCCGUCAAUCCCCCAUCUACCCCCUUCCGGUCCCAUGCUUGGUCUUUCUAUCGGCCCCCAACACCAAAGUACGUGGAAUUCUCGUCUGAAUUCGUCCGUUUGAGGAUCAAGAAAUUAAGAGUCACUGAGCUGGUGCAGACAACACUGGAGUUCCGACCAAAGCAGCCGGAGACAAGGACCGCUGGAGGUUUGCCAGAAGGCAUCACCAAGACCCCUGCUACUGUCGCCUAUGUCCAGCCUCCAAGGAACAAACAAAACAAACACAGGGGGUCAAGCUUAGCAGGCUUCCAAGCAAAAGAAGAGGAGGACUUGCACAGAACUGAUUCGGAUGAGAACGAGAGGAGUAAAGUGCUUGAGUCCACCAAUCUCCAUGUUCUUGUUGCCACACCUACCAAGGUCAAGCAAUGGGCCCACCUUACCAAGGAGGCCAACAUUCUCUUCGAAGUUUACGGGAUGUUGGAUUCAGUGCCAGCCGGUGGGCACAACACGUCGAAGCGAUUCUUCCUGUGUGAUGGUAAUAAGACUCGAUUGCUCUGCAUCUUCUACGAAAUCGACAGGCCAAUGAAAAACUUCAAACUGGGAGACCAUAUCAGGUGUGUGGGGAAGCUUCAGAGUUCAUACCAACUCCAAUGUUUUUCCAUUCGGGAAUGCCGCCAAGACGAGGCAAUCAACAUCCCAGCAAUUGUCUCACACAGUCAAAAGUGGAUGAACAGCCUUGCAUCUGUCAUCAAGGGCCAACCCUACCUUGAUAAGGGAGCAAAGAAGGCAUGCCCGCAAAUUCCGGAGAUCUUUGGGAACGGUUUCUAUGGACAUGGCGAUAAGUCUAUUGUCUUCUCACCCUCGAAAUAA